AUGUUCUUCGUAGGGAUUAUCUUCUCCGCCUUUGCCUUCCGGAACGCGGCCGACUUCCAACGCUACCUCAACAGCCAGUGCAAUGCCCAGGCUGACGGCGAUAUCGCGGGGGUAGGCGUCCGCGUGGCGUUUUGGAUCCAGAUCGGCAUGCUAGUAUUCAUCGUGGGGAUCAAGUCAGUGGCGAUUUCACCGUCCAAUGCCGCCGUCAAGGAGUUGGCUGGCGGCCUGGUUAUCACGCAUCUCUCGCUGGGGAUCUCACUACUGGUGCUCAGCUACCAGGGCAAACUAUCGGGUCUGAACGCGGCGCUGGGCGCCAUGGUGCUGGACGCGCAGAACGUCGCCCUCUCCGUGUCGUUUAGCUCGCGCGAGGUGUUAGCCGCCCGGUCGGAGGUCGUGACGAUUGCCAUUACGCAGUUUACGGGCCUCGUCUGGAUUGGCGUGCUCAUGAGCGGCUACACCGUUGGCCGGUACCAGACGGACGACUGCCCGUGUUUUAGCUUCUUCUGGUGGAGUUGGCACGAUACAUGUCUCGGGGUGCCGAUGAUGGAGACUUCAAUCUUCUGGGUGUAUUACGACUUUCGAUGGCUGAAUUCGAUUCACAACUGGCUGUUUGGGCUCCGGUACAUGUGGGACUUUCACUUGUGGGAGAAGUAUGCGUCGGAUGACUUGGACGUGGUGGAGCCGUUUUGGACACAUGUGCCAGAGAUGGUUGGCUUCUCCCUCUUCCGGCAUGCGGUGUUUGGGUUGGGUUCGUUAGCAGCCGCUGAGCUCACCCUUCGGGCUCAUAAUGCGGGGCGAGGGCCAGAAGAAUUCACCGUUGGUCAAGUAACCGGAAUUGUCGUUGCCAGUUUAACGUUCUUGCGAGCGGCCUGGCUGUUCCUGGUGACGUUCUCGAAAGAUUAA